AUGACACAAGACUUGAGCGUUGAGCGGCCCAUGGAGGCUCGUGUCGGCAGGGAGAACCANGAGUGCGUCUCAACCACUGUGAAGCCAGCUGCCCACUUUUGUACUGACUUCAUGCCAAAAGGAUACGGAUCUCAAGGCGAACGUCUCGUCGCUGGCAUCGUGCCCCUCUCCAACGACCGCAAGUCCGUCCUACUCAUCCAGUCAAUGCGCCGUGGCGGCUGGGUCCUCCCUAAAGGUGGUUGGGAAGUCGACGAGACCGUCGAGGAAGCCGCCUGCCGCGAGGCCUGGGAAGAAGCCGGUGCCGUCUGCAAAAUCCACGCCGACCUGGGCAAGAUCCCCGAGAAGAGGAAACCAGAGCAACUCACCGAGAAGGCUCCAAAGGCCGCAUACCACUUNUUCGAAGCCACAGUCGCCGAGGUCAAGGAGGAGUGGCCGGAGAGCCACAAGCGCAAGAGGAGGUGGAUGGGCUAUCAGGAGGCCAUUGGUUUGUUGAAGGACAGGCCAGAGUUGUCAGAAGCGCUCAAUAGAAGCAGCAUCGACAAGCAGCUCUGA